AUGUCACCCACAAGAACCACAAAUUCUUCCAUUUUCGAAGCGUUCUCGCUAACCCCACUUCCAUAUCCGGUUCUUUUGAUCUUGGCGCUCAUCUUGUUCUUUCUUGGAUUUCAAUGGUACUCUUCUUACGAAGAAGCCAUUGAAGCCACUGAAGAGAGCUUCAAUUGGGUUCUUUUAAUCACUCCAUUAAUUCUGCUUUUUGCUGUCAAAUGGUUGUCAAAUGUGGAGCACCCAGAAAAGUUUUUUGGGUUUGGGUUGUCACCGUGGGAGCGUCGCCGCUGGCAGGCGUACCAGUCGCCGGAGGAGGGAGGUUCGCCGUGGGGGGUGGCUGCUUUGAUAUUGUUGGUGCUCGUCUUGAUGCAGUUUCAUUCUACUGUUCUUGAAAGUUGGUUUUGA